UUCGGCUUCCCCACCCACUUAAGGGCAAGCAGACGAUCGAAUCAGUAAGCGGUUGCGGCAGCUGAGUCGAGAGCUGAUUGGCUGGAUAUUUGAGUGCUGUCAAAACCCCGAGUCUUUGUCGUCCUUCCGUGGCAGCCGGACUGGACCAAGAUGGCUGUAGAUAUUCAGCCAGACUGCCUUGGACUUUAUUGUGGAAGAACAGUAGAAAUUAUAAAUGGAACUGAAAUUCAUGGUGAUUGUGGGGUAUGUCCCAGAGGACAAAGAAGUGAUGCCUAUAAAAUCUGCCAGCAAUGUAUGGGAUCUCCAGAACGCUAUGAUUGGCUUUAUCUUGGCUUUAUGGCAAUGCUACCUCUCAUUCUGCAUUGGUUCUUCAUUGAAUGGUAUUCAGGGAAAAAGAGCUCCAGUGCACUUUUCCAGCACAUCACUGCUUCAAUUGAGUGUAGUGUGGCAGCAGUUAUUACCCUGCUUGUAAGUGACCCCAUGGGCUCUCUGCACAUCCGUUCGUGCAGAGUGAUGAUGCUUUCUGACUGGUAUACAAUGCUUUACAACCCAAGUCCCGAUUACGUUACUACUAUUCACUGUACCCAUGAAGCUGUCUAUCCCCUCUACACCAUUGUAUUCAUAUACUAUGCCUUCUGUUUGGUGUUGAUGAUGAUUCUUCGUCCUCUGCUGGUAAAGAAGAUUGCUUGUGGGCUGGGAAAGUCAGAUAGAUUUAAGAGUAUUUAUGCAGCUCUUUACUUCUUCCCAAUUCUGACUGUGCUUCAGGCUGUUGGAGGUGGCUUGCUCUACUAUGCUUUCCCAUAUAUCAUCAUAGUGUUAUCUCUUGUUACCCUGGUGGUAUAUCUAUCAGCUUCUGAAGUAGAAACUUUCAAAGAUCUGCUUGUCAGGAAGAAAAGGCUUAUUGUUCUGUUUAGCCAUUGGCUGCUGCAUGCCUACGGAAUUAUCUCCAUUUCCAAGCUGAGCAACAUUUACCAGGACUUGCCUUUGCUGGCCUUGGUGCCUGCACCAGCUCUUUUUUAUUUGCUAACUGCAAAAUACACUGAGCCUUCCCGGAUAUUAUCUGAGGGAGCAAAUGGACGUUAAUGAUAACUAAUAACAGUUUGGGUAAGUAGCAUAUCCAAAAGAGAGUCAGUCUUCUUGGAUCCAGCUAUCCGUACCUUAGUUGUUAGCUUGCUAUGGAUCAUCUUUCAAGUAAAGCUGUUCUCCUUUUGUGGAUCAAAACUUCACCACUGUACCAACUAGAAGACAAAUUUUCUAAACAAUGUGUGGGUACCCAGGGUGUGUGAUGCCCUAAGACUUCUUUAUCAGCUGCAGAAACCAAGGACCCCACAGAUUUUAGCAGUUAAGUCUCUAAGCUUGUUCUGUAUUUAUGUUUUACAUUGGUCUGUUAUGUCUGAAUAAUUUGUACCACAUAUUUGAAAACAGUGUUAUUUAUUGAUUUCACAGUGCAGUAUUUUCUCACAUCUUUGAAUCUGUAUUCAUAGAAGAAUAAAAGUUUCAGUAUUCUAGCUUCAGUUCAUAAGGCCUUCUAGUCUGUUUUGUCCUAGAGAAAAGAUUUGACAGAACAUAGCUUUACAAACACUUUUAUCCAAACAAGCAUUUACAUGAGAUAGAAAUUAUGUAGCAGCAAGUCCUUGAACAUUUGCUCUGCAUUAAAAUAUUUUUUGUGAGUCAUUUCAAGUUUGGAGGUGGCAGUGAAACAUCCCUCCCUCUUUUACAACAAACACUUUGACAGAAUUUCCAUCGGCACUUGAAAAGGAACACCAGAACUCAGUGAUGGACUGCAAACAAAUGCCUGCCUUUGGGUGAUUUUUAAAAGUUUUUUCCCCAGGCCAGGGGCUAGGUAGUUUGUGUGGGCCCCCUUCUAGUUGUGAGUAACAUAGAUACGUUAUGUGCCUCAUAUGCUGCUUGUGUUUUAUAUUACAUUGUGUGUUGUUUUAUGUAUAACAUUGUGUUUUUCAUUUUGUGAAGUUGGCAGCCUGUAAAUUUGACAAAUGAAAGAAUAAAUAAAGCAUCUAUUCAAAAGGG